CACGAUCUCGACCGUCGAAUUAAAUUUCACUUUCUUCACCUUCGUCGACUUAGUCGUAUUCAAAAGCGCGCGGUUCACAGUGUUGUUCGCGUUCGUGUAGUCGAAUCUCACGGGCGGGUUAUCGGGAAAAUCCGUGGUGUAAACCCCCUCGACAUUAUUCCUAAAAAACGCCUCGAGCAUGGACAACUUGUUCGGAAAUCGAAAAGAGGCGUUGUUCAUGCUUGCGGCAAGCCUCAUCCCAAACGGGCCUUGGCAAGUCGAGCGGCGAGGCCCAAACCUACGGUCAUGAACAUUCGCUCGUCGACCCGUUUUGGGACGGGAAGCCAAAACGGGCUUGUGGUGAGCCCGGUUAGGUUGGUGAAAAACUUGUGGGCCGUGGGCGUGUCGUUGAAGGCCGGGAGGACGGGCAUAAUGGGCCGGGACGAAGGCCCAUCAUCGUAG